AUGGCGGAUCAGAAACCUACGGAGAACUCUGAAUGGGCAAAUUUACGACGGGUCCCUGACAAGUUGCCCAUGGUCGCUCUUCUGAUCCUUGUCGUUGAGCUUGGGGAGCGUUUUACAUACUUCGGUCUUAGUGGGCCUAUCCAAAAUUACAUCAAUAACCCCUAUGCGCCAGGUUCAGAUCUUCCAGGUGCACUCGGAAAGGGCCAGGCCACGGCAACAGCCUUGGGCAAUUUCUUCAAAUUCUGGGCUUAUGCGUCGACGAUUAUUGGAGCCAUUGUCGCAGAUCAAUAUCUCGGCAAGUUCAAAGCCAUUGUUGCAGCUUGCGGCGUCUACAUCAUUGGCCUUGUUAUCCUCGUCGCAACAGCUACGCCCUCUUCCAUCCAGAGUGGCGCAGGCCUUGGUGGUCUUGUUGCAGCCAUGAUUACUAUCGGCCUUGGUACUGGAGGUAUCAAAGCGAACGUAUCUCCGAUGUGCGCAGAACAGUACCAGAACGCACGCCCCGUGUUGAAGACCUUGAAGACUGGCGAGAAGGUUAUCGUCGACCCUGAGCUAACCAUAGGUCGACUCUUCAUGUGGUUCUAUUGGGUCGUGAAUGUAGGAGCUCUGUCGCCAUUGAUAACUGUCAAUGUUGAGGCCAAACAUUCGUUCUGGCUAGCCUACCUGAUCCCACUCAUAGCUAUCAUUAUCUCCCUUUGUAUCUUCCUCAUUGGCCAGAAGCGAUAUGUCAAAGUUCCUCCGCAAAGCUCCGCCAUUGUCGACGCCAUCAAAGUCGCCACGAUUGCAUGCCGUGAGAAGGGUUUCGAGAACGCAAAAGCUUCAUCUCUCGCUCAAAGUGGCAAGGACCGAAAAUACAAGUUAGCCCAGGAGGAGAGGUACACAGAUCAGUAUGUCGAUGAUGUUCGGAGAGGAGUAAGGAGCUGCAAGAUCUUCCUUUUUCUCCCAUUCUACUUCGUAUGCUGGAUUCAGAUCUGGAACAAUCUAAUCUCACAGGCUGGCGAGAUGGCGCUUCACGGGACACCCAACGAUCUUCUCCAGAACUUAGAUCCCAUUGCCCUUAUCAUCUUCAUUCCAGUGCUUGAUUUGGUCAUCUAUCCCGGCCUUCGCAAGAUGAAGAUCAACUUCGAUCCCAUCUCCCGUAUUUUUGCAGGUUUCCUCCUUGCGUCCUUCUCUAUGGUUUACGCCAGUGUACUCCAACACUACAUCUACAAUUCCGCCCCAAAGAGCAUCCACGUCUGGAUUCAAGCUCCUGCAUAUGUUCUUGUCGCAUUAUCAGAAGCUUUCAUUAUUAUCACUGGGUUGGAACUGGCUUUCACUCAAGCCCCCAAAAGCCUACGAUCCUUCAUCUCCGCCCUUUUCUGGAUUACAAUCGGCAUCGCUGCCGCUAUUUGCAUUGCGCUCAGCCCUGUUUCACAAGACCCCUACUUGGUCUGGAUGUACGCCUCUCUGGCGAUUGUCGGAUUCGUCGCGGGAGUCAUUUUCUUCAUUUGCUUCCGCAAGAGUGCGAAUUGGACACCUGAGAAUGUUAUUCUGGAGGCGGUUGCAGUGGAGCGGAAUAGUAUCAAUCUUCCCGGCCAGGAGUACAAGCAAGACACCAGCAAAGCUUAG